AUUUGAUCUCAUUAAUAAAAAUCCUAACUCGACUGACGUUCAUCAACUCAAGUUGUUACAAUAAUGGGAAUAAGCUAGAAAGUGCUAUAGAUUUUCAUAUAUUCCCUUACUUUAUAGGAUUCUCAUCAUAUUGGUAUUAUUCCAAAGCUAGCUCUUCAUUUUUUUAUUCUACUUCAUUUGUGUACUUUUUUUUCUCUCUUCCUCUGUUCAUUUGAAUACUGAGAUUAUUCUAAGAUUAAAAAAAAUAAAAGAAAAUGAACGAUUGGGCUGGUCCGAUCAUAGCAACAGCACUAUUUGGAUUUCUAUCUCCAGGAUUAUUGUUUCAAAUGCCAGGGAAGAUUACGCCAGUUGAUUUCAUGAACAUGAAGACCAGUUGGAUUUCCAUAUUGGUUCAUGCUGUACUCUUUGGUUUGAUCCUCAUUCUUGUCCUUGUUGUUCUCAAUCUACAUCUCUAUGUUUAAAUUAAAUUACUAGUUAGGAGUAAGGUCUGCGUACACUUUACCCUCUCCAGAUCCACAUUGUAAGAUUUCACUAGGUUGUUGUUGUUAUUAGCCAACACAGUAGAUUGUUUAAUAUAAUAAAUAAACAUGCUCUAUUAUUUUGUUACUUAAUUCUGAGGAAUUUAGU